CAAAGGAUCCACAACCACAGUCACAACCAUCACCCAUCACACGAGACCGCUGAAGACGAUGACAGAAAGAGAUUCUCAUCAGGAGCAACAGUCUAGUAGUAGUAGUACUGGAUGGGGACUCUCUGGGCUUACUGGAAACAAGAAAGAGGAUGAUUCACUGUCUUCCAAAGCCAUUGAGUUUGCUCGGACAAUACGGACCCACAUUGCAGAUUCCCCGCACAAGGUCGUGGAGGCGCCGUACGUUCCCCAUGGAUUCCUGGAAGGGGCCGAAGUAGGAUGCAUGACCUACUUUUUGCUAAAGCCCAUUGGGAAUGGUUUCAUGGGUCUUGUCACUGGGUCACCACAGUUGAGAGGUGCCAGUCGGCCCAUUGGGCUGGUGGUGACGAUUGGACAACUCAUGGUAGGAGCGCAAAUGGCACUCUAUGCGGCCGUGAGAAAAGGGUCCUACACGUGGCUGUCCACUCUGGAAGAAGUUGCGACUUCCACCACGACGACGACAGAAUCAAGUGACGAUAAUGAUUGGAAACACAAGGCCAUCAUGGCAGAUGCAUUGUGUCGAGAUCCCUUGAUGGCAUCCAUCCAGCAACAAAUAUUAGCCAUGACUCAACAACAACAAGAGGGCAGCCAAGCAACGUCCACCACCAAUGAGGCUGGAUCUACUCCUUCCGUCAAGGAUUGGGUGUUGGAUGCUGACAAAGUUGUCACGGAUCAAUUGAUUCGAACUGUAGCGGCUUGCAACCAGCGAAACUCUCCAUCAUCACAAGGCAACACCGAAUUUCAAUGAAUUGGCAUCUGACCAUGUCAAGCUGUUCUGGAUUGAUCUCUCAUGUCAUUGUAGUUUGAUCUAUAACCACAGUUCAUAUCGUUU